GUCAGAUGUCAAUUGUCAACACGUCUACAACAUAAUGGUGACAUUAAAUCACUCGCAUUUCAGCACAAAUAAUUGAAAAUUACAACUAGAUUAGAACCUAUAUUUUGUGCAAAUAAAUAUCUUGUUUUUUGGUUAUUUUGCCGGUAUCAAACAUUAAAGCAAUAUGAGUUUGGAGAUCGAGUCAAUGGUACGUCAUGUAUCACCGAUAAAUCCCGCGGUAUUUCCUCAUCUUACUCUGCUGUUACUGAGCAUUGGGAUAUUUUUUACCGCGUGGUUCUUCGUAUAUGAAGUCACAAGUACUAAAUCAUCAAGAGAUUUGUUUAAAGAACUGUUGUUGUCACUGGUUGCAUCAUUGUUCUCUGGAUUUGGUAUACUAUUUCUUUUGUUAUGGGUAGGAAUCUAUGUAUGACUGUUAAAAUAAUGUCAAUACACUAAUAAAUGUAAGCUGUAUUUAUAAGAUUUAUUAAAAAGUUUGUUCAAGUAA